GCCUGAGUCUCAGACGCGGUGUCAGUAGUCUCCUUCAAGCAUUUGUGGCAGAAUUCGGUCUAUGUCGUUUUGUGUGAAAGCAUUAAUGAGUUGCUUGCAGGAUGCAUAAAGACAGCAACACUUCCGGUAAUAAGACAAUGCCGCAUAUCAAGUAUUCAAAGAUGAGUAGACCGUCGGUGGUAGAGUGCCUAAGAUGUCUUGCCCACUACUGGCAAUACCUGUUGUUAUUCAUAACGCCAUUUGCCCUGUUACCUGUGGCCGUCAUUGGGCAUACAGUUGAGUUCCGCUGUGCCUAUGUGAUCCUUGUCAUGGCAACCUACUGGGUGACGGAGGCCAUACCCUUGGCAGUGACGGCGCUCAUACCCGUCUUCGCCUUCCCCCUCUUCGGGAUCCUGGGCACGAGGGCCGUGACGGCCGUCUACAUGAAGGACACGAACUUCAUGUUCAUGGGCGGCCUGAUCAUGGCCGUGGCCGUAGAACACUGCAACUUGCACAAGAGGAUCGCCCUCUUCGUCAUGAUGCACAUGGGUCAGAGUCCCAAGCGUCUAUUGGCGGGUUUCAUGAUUACCACGGCGUUCCUUUCCAUGUGGAUAUCGAACACAGCCACAGCAGCUAUGAUGGUCCCCAUCGUUGAUGCUGUUUCCAAGGAACUAGAAAGGACGCUGGAACUGAAAGAGGACCCCAUCAGGAAGAAGAUGGCUGCCAAAGAGAAGGCUCUGCAGGAGGAGGCGACUUUCAACCAGAUGAAGCAGAGUCAUUACAGCUUGGCCGAAAACGCCCAGUCCCCCACAUCCGAAGUAUCAAUCAAGAGUGCUCCAAUGUCAUCGAAGAAAGUCAGUGUGUGCUAUGAGCCAGAUCAUUCGACAGAGGAAGACUCCCAAGCCUUGAGGAAGAUGUUCUUCCUGGGAGUGGCCUUUGCUGCCAACAUAGGUGGCACUGGCUCUCCCCUGGGGUGCAGUCCUAACUUGAUUGUCAUGAGCAUCCUUCAGAGUACAUUUGGAGAAGGCACAGGACUCAACUUUGCAACAUGGAUGAUGUUCAAUGUCCCCGGAAUGAUCUUGUGUGUAACAUUUGGUUGGUGUUGGCUGCAGAUUCUUUGCAAGACAUGCACCAUCUGCAAAAAGAAGGGUGAGAUAGAAGAUGGCAAUGAGUAUCAAGAAAAAUCGAUCAAGAUCUUCCUCCAGGAUCAGUACCGGAGUCUUGGUCCUGUGUCCCAGCAUGAAAUCGUGGUCUUCUGUAGCUUCACUGUUCUUGUGUUCUUGUGGGUCUUCAGAGACCCAGGAUUCAUGCAUGGGUGGGCCUAUUACAUCAGCAGCAGCUUCGAAAAUGAUGUGCAUAUUCGUGAUGCAACUCCUGUGAUGUUGAUGGUGUUCAUACUGUUCUGUGUCCCAAGAUCAUUUAGGAAGGGUAACAAUGGUGUGGUGGAGGGCUGCCUCACGUGGAAGGUGGUGCACGAAAGGACGCCUUGGGGAAUCAUCCUCCUGUUGGGUGGAGGUCUUGCCAUGGCAGAAGCAGCCAAGGUGUCAGGUUUAUCAGCGUGGCUUGGCUACCAGCUGCAGUAUCUAGGUUUUAUGCCUAAAGAGGCCAUUGUCCUUUUCAUAUGUUUUGUAACGGCUAUGCUUACGGAGGUAGCAUCUAAUACUGCAACAGCAUCAGUGCCUCCUGUGCUAAAAGAUUUGUCGUUAGCUAUCGGUGUGAAUCCAAUAUACCUGAUGCUUCCAGCAGCUGUAUGCUGUGCCUAUGCUUUCAUGUUGCCUGUGGCUACUCCUGGAAAUGCUAUUGUCCUGACUGCCGCAGGACUAAGGACUCAUGAGAUGAUGCGAGCGGGCUUUAUCAUGAAUGUUUUGUGCAUAGUCAUCAUCACUUUAAUGAUCAACACCUUAGGAGUAGUCUUGUUUGACCUGGAUUCCUUCCCUGAAUGGGCUAUGAAUGUUACUUCAGUCAUAUCAUGAAGAUUCCUGUGAAUUUAGUAUUCCAGAAAGUUGAAGACGACAUCUUAGCCUUUGUUUUACUGGUAGAAGUUUACUCUUAAUAUUGUUGAACUUGAACUACAAGCAUCACAAGGCUUGUUCUCCCCCGUUCCUCGGCUCGUGUUAUUCUAGAGUUAUUGAAAACACAUCCUGUUACUCCAUGGAGCAUUACCCCAUAUCCCAUUCACUUCAUAUAUUAGUGCCUUUGUCCUAUAAUUAAGAUAAAUUCAUGUGUUCAAUUUUUCAUCCACUCUUUGUACAUUAUAUUAAAAGAAAGGAUAACAUGUUAGUUUCAGUGUUAUGUGAAAGUGUAACAGUGGUACAGUGGUAUUUACAAUAAUACUGAUGCAUGUGUUCAAGCAUCAUAUUUGAAGUUUAUCUCUUUCACAAUGAUUAAAUGAAUUUCCAAAGGACUCGUUUACCAGUUGUCUGGGGGUCUGGAUCGAAGCCCACGAAUAUGUAUUCUUAUAUAAGGUUGAAUUAGCUUAGCAUAGAUCCAAUUGCUUUGUUAGGGAUGCAAAUCAGUCAUUCCCUUUCCUCUCUAUUGUGUUUCCUGAGGCUCCCAUUCAAUACAUGAUGUAAUUCUGAAGUGUUAUUUCAUUGAUAAAUUUGACAUAGUCAGUUCCACUGGUUAUUUUGUGUUUACACUAGUUCUAUUAAUCAUUAGUACUCUAAAUCAGCUCCAAGAAUAAGAGCCAGCAGUUUAUAAUGUAAAUCUUAAUAAAUUCCAAGCCUGACAUUUUUGUAAAGUGUUGAUUGAAUCAACAUCUGAACAACACCUGUAGGUCAAAAGUCUUAUUAUUUAUAUUCACAUUUUUACAAAGAUAAACUCCAUUUUUAGUGAAGUUUCUACAGUAUUGAGAAAUGGAGUUGCCUCUGCCAAAGGGUAAAUUAUUUUUAAGAGGAUAAUGCAGUAUUAGGAGCUAUAAUUACCAAUGGUUGAAGGUAAAUUCAUUAUAUAGUAAAGAAUAUAAUAAUAAGAAGGUUAUUACUUUUGGGAGUGGACAAGCAUUUUGAAGGAGGAAUAUGUAAGAAUAUUAGUCUGGUUUCUGGUGGCAAGUGAAUUCAUUUUGCAAUAUAAGGAAAUGGUCUGAAUAUGGACAGACAUUCAGUGAUUAGCAUCAAGAUCAAUAUCAUCAAUUGUGCGGUGAGAAACAUUCGCUGAAGUGGCACUGGACUCUAAGACAAGAGAAUGCUAAUUUAAGUCUCCCCCAGGCUAAAGGAAAACAGGCUUCUAUCAGUGCUAGGAUGUUACUCUUCCUGUGUGGAAUUGGGAAGAUGAGUUCCUCCUUGUUAGCAUGAUAGAUCAUACCUCAGUAGUUUAGUCUUUGCUGAGUAAGAUCACAGAAAAUAUAACUGGAGCUUGCAAAGUCCCUAGGACUCUGGUGUAAGCAGUCAUGGGUCUAAAUGUUCUAUUGCCUAAAAACUGUUGAAGUGAAAAAAAAAGGGUUACUACCUAGAAUUGUUGAUGUCAGAAAGUUAGUUAAAGCAUUGCAGUUUUACUUAACAACUUUUUCACCCCCACUAGGAGAUUAAAGGAGAGGCAGUUAUCAAUUCCUGACAGAAUUUAUUAUGAUUACUAUUAUUAUUAUUGUUAUUAUCAUCUUAUUUGACUGGGUGGUGUUUAUAGUGUGGGGUUCCAUGUUACAUCCUGCCUCCUUAGGAGUCCAUCACUUUACUCACUAUGUUUGCUGGAGCUACUUUGGCAUCUAGUUUUUCCAGGUUCCUUUUCAGAGAUCUUGGGAUCGUGCCUAGUGUUCCUAUGAUUAUGGGUACAAUUUCCACUGGCAUAUCCUGUAUUCUUCUUAUUCCUAUUUUCAGGUCUUAAUACUUAAAAUUUUUUCUUUCUUUCUCAUCUACUCUGGUGUCCCAUGAUACUGCAACAUCAAUGAGUAAUACAUUUUUCUUGAUGUUGUCAAUCAGCAUUAAGUCUGGUCUAUUUACAUGUAUCACCUUAUCUGUUCUGAUACCAUAUAUUGCCAGACUGUUUUCUAUCACUCCCUCAAGUUGGUGUUCAUACCACUUAUUACUGCAGGCUCGCUGGUGUUUCUUGCACAGGCCCCAGUGGAGGGCUUUUCUACUGAAUCAUGCCUCAUUUUGUACUGGUUCUGUGCAAGUCCCAGACAUUCACUUGCUAUGUGGUUUGUGGUCUCAUUUUUCAUAUUGCACUUCCUGUAAAUCGGUGAGAUAUUAUUUCCAUCUAUUGUUUUUUGGACAUGUUUGGUUCUUAGAGCCUGAUCUUGUGUUGCUGAUAGCAUUCUUUCUGUUUCCUUCUUGAGUUCUCCCCUCUGUUUUGUUGCUGACCAGUUCUUUUGUCUGUCUCAUGUAAUGCCUGUGCAUUGGUUUGCUAUGCCAUUUCUCUGUUCUAGGUCUUUGUCCUCUUUUAUCCCAUGCACUCCUUAGCCACUCGUCUUCACUGGUUUUCAGAUAUUGCCCCAGUGCUCUGCUCUCAAUGUUGACACAGUUCUCCAAGCUUAGCAGCCCUCUCCCUCCUUCCUUUCUUGUUAUGUAUAGUCUGCCUGUAUUUGCUCUUGGGUGUAGUGCUUUGUGCAUUGUCAUGUGUUUUCUGGUUUAUGCUUUGGAGUGCAGCCAUCAUCCACUCCACUAUUCCUGCACUGUAUCUGAUUACUGAUACUGCUCACGUGUUUAUGGCUUUCAUUAUUAUUAUUAUUAUUAUCUAUUAUAUACUUGGCAAUGUGUGUAUGUAUGUAUGUAUGAUUGGUAUGGGCGCCCGGGCCGUUGGUCUGACGGGACUGAGAUUCGGGACGGAGAUGGGUUUCCACCCCAGGAAGGUCAAGACCUAUGUUCGGGAGCCCGGUUUACAAUAGGGUUUCAAGCAACAAAGGGCACCAAAGGCGCCGGCGGAGGCGGGGCACCUUCCCCAAAACGGGGCUGGUUCAGCCUGUAGACUUAAUAAUGCUACAAAUUUAUCAUACCCAAUUUUCGGUCUAUGUAGUAAACAAUUUGACUUUCGAUUUUUGGUAUAUGUAGUAAAUAUGACUUACUAUCAAAUACUGGAGGGGUAAGACAUCAGUGGCACCAAAGGUGGUCGGGGUUGGGCAGGGUGUGACAGAGAGAAAUGAGAGGGAGGGUAGAAGGCAUGAUAGGGAGAAGAAAGAGGGUAAGAAACAGAAAAGGUUGGAGUGAGAGAGAGAGAGAGAGAAUUGAUCAGUUGCCAUUCAGUUGUCUGGUGACUCCUCAAUUGGACUUUUUUCCAACCAGUUGCUAACCCUGGAGAAUGGAAAAGUGCCGGUCAGUCCUGAGACAGGGCUAAUCCAAUUUCCAAGCAAUUUCUGCACCCUGGUCAAAUCUGCUGAUGACCUGAUGGACGCGUUGUUUCCAAGCAUCCUGCAAAACUACGACAAACUGAACUGGAUUUGUGAGAGGGUAGUCCUGGCCCCCAAGAAUGAGUCAAUCACCAAGCUCAAUCUUCAGGUACAGAGAAUGCUGCCAGGCAACAGGAAGUCCAACUCGAUCAACACAGUCAUGGACCCAAGCAAAGCAGUAAACUACCCAACAGAAUUUCUGAACUCUUUGAACCGUCCAGGAUGUCCUCCUCAUGUCCUGCACCUCAAAGUCGGAGCCCCAAUCAUUCUUCUUCGAAACCUGGACAGUUCAAAACUCUGCAACGGAACGUGACUCAUCAUCAAAACCCUGCAUUCAAACUUGAUCGAAGCAAUGAUCCUGACUGGGUGUGGAACUGGCAAGAAUGUUUUCAUCCCGUGAAUUCUCAUCAUCCCCAAUGAUCUUCCUUUCAGUUUCAAGCGCCUUCAGUUCCCAGUCAGGUUGGCUUUUGCCGUGACUAUCAAUAAAGCCCAGGGACAGCCUCUCAGAGUGGCUGGCAUCAACUUGGAGCAACCUCACUUUUCUCACAGGCAGAUUUAUGUGGCGUGCUCAAGAGUGGGCUCUCCGGAACGCCUGUUUAUUUUGUCACCGGAGGGAAAAACAAAGAACAUAGUCUACCAAAAGGCUCUCUGGUGAAUUGGAAUCUCUCUGCCAACACCAAGAAUUUUUUCUCCAUAAAUGUUUAUGAUGCUUUAUUUUGAUAUUCAUUUUCAAGGAUGUUGUUUGUUUUGUCAGAUUUGCAUUCCUUACAAUUCAGGUCGUGGUACUGUAUUCAAUUGUGGCUUGAUUUAUCUAUUUUCUUUUCAUAAACUAUACUCUGGGUUACACGGACCAAUCUAGCUGGGACCCGCCCUAAACCGGCUAAUUAUUAUUAUUAUUACU